AUGACGUCAUUAAAUGGGCGUGGCUUAACCACACGAAGGGGCGUGGUUUGUGGGGGCGCGUCGCGCGUUGAUGACGUCACUUCCCGGCGCGAACGGCGGGACCGAUUUUGGGGAGAGGAGCCCGGCGGGAACCGGGACCGGGGCGGAAGUGACGUCACAGACGGGGAAAAAGGGGCGGGGAUGGGAGAGAGUGACGUCAGCCCCUCCCUGGGGCUUCGCUUGGCCCUGGCGGGGGCGUGGCUUGCGCUGAGGGGGCGGAGCUUGAGGCGCUGGCCCCGCCUCCUGGCCCUGCUGGAUCUGAUUGGCCGAGGGGCCCCCCGGGCCCUGCACCCCCGACACCGGCACCGCCUGAGCCUGGGACUGAGGGCUGCGGUCAUUUCCGGAAUGUUCGAGGGCCUCCCGGCCCCGCCCCUCCUGGACGCCCUCGAUUGGCUCUUCCCCGAGGGGGAGGGGGCGGGGCCUGAGCAGGGACACGCCCACAGCAGCCCCCGAGAGCGCCCCCUGCUGGCCCAGGCCGAGCAGAACUUCCGGGAUCAGGUGCUGGGAAUGCUGGGAAAGGGGCGGGGCCACGGCCGGGAGCUGCAGGGCUAUGGGGAGCCGUUCCUGGGCUCGCUGGAGUCGCUUUUCUUCGAGUUCGUGCUGAGGGUGGAGAGCGCCCUGCCCCCCCCCGACCUCGGCCAGCUGGAGCGCCUGGCCUGGGGCCACGCCCCCUCCUGGCUCCGCCCCCGCGCCCUCCCCGCCCUGCGCCGCUAUUUGGCCGACGUCGGCCACGCCCACCGCGGGGGAGUGCCACGCCCGCUGCCGGUUGCCAGGAGCACGCCCAAAAGGAUGAAGCCCCGCCCCCGCCGCCGCAAGCUCCGCCCACUCCUCUUCUCCCCUCUUGGUAAGCCCCUCCCCCAAA